AGUGUUGACAAAUCCCAGUUAGCCUAUGCUAGUCCCGUGGCAUGAUAUUUUAUUGACAAUUUAGUAAAGCCUUCGUUCAUAAUGAGUUCUCCAGAGGACAGGCAUGGGACAAAACGACCCGCAUCUCCAAGUCAAGAUGGAUCUACUCAGUGGGCAUCAGCUGAUCUGGGAAGUAAUGAAAGGAAACAAAAGUUUUUACGGUUGAUGGGUGCUGGCAAGAAAGAACCCACGGGACGCCUUGUCAUUGGCGACCACAAGUCGACAUCCCACUUCCGUAGUGGGCAGGAAGAUAAGAAGAUCAAUGAGCAGCUGGAGAUGCAGUACCAGCAGGGCAUGGAUGGGAAGCUGUCAGGCCGCAACCGGAGGCACUGUGGCCUGGGCUUCAGUGAGCCUGAGCCGGAGCCAGAGUUGUUUCCCGCUCCAACAGUGGACAGUCAGACAAAAGAAACUGAGCCAGAGAAGUCCACCAGUGGCAAAGAAGGUGAAGAACCAACAGAUGCCCAGGACAAAGGCUGCGAUCCCAUCUCUAAGGAACAGACCUCAGACCAGGCCAAGCCCAGCCCUGACAGUAAGAGCGGAGAGCGGAAACAAGAAUACAAAAUGGCCUUUGUGAAGUCAGCGUAGGCCUGGAUGGGGCGGGCAGGGAGGCAUUAGUUUUUGUAAUCUCAAAAUUGUACAAUUUGACCGUAGUUGUUUUACUGUCGGUCAUUCUAGUUCUUUUACUGUGUAGAAAUGGUUUCUCUACACAAGCACUCACCACAGGACGGCAUCGUGGUGUGCAUGUUGUCAAAAUAUAAAUCAGCAGGCUGCAACCUCAGCUUUUUGGUUAAGUGGUGUUAUAUCAUGUUAAGGUGGCAAAUGGUCCAGUUUUUAUUUGGUUUGAACAUUUUAGCAGUCACUGUAUUUGCCAUGAAUUUUGUUGGAGGAAAAAGGAUCGUUUGCCAUUCAGUGUGAUUGGUCUACACAUUGUGAAUUUUGUGAUUUCUUGUUUGAAAACCAAUAAAAGGAAGUGUCAGUUGUAA